AUGCCACUGGCCAUCAGAGCAAAACUUCGGUGCCACUCUGCACUUCUGGAGGAGAGGUGCUCGCAAGCGGAAACUGGAGUGUCGCAAGUGACUCGGCUGCAGGAGGACAUCGAGCUUCUGCAGAGCGCACUACGUGACAUCGCACAUGCUGUCAUCCAGGACUCUGAGGGUAGAGACCCUGAGCCACAGCCCACUCCUCAUGUGCAUCUCACCCCGUCACAAAGCAGUCCCUCCUAGAGUCCCCAAACUAGGCGGGCGAGGCCCCACUGCGAAACUCCAACGUCCCCAGCAUUUGCAGAGAGCACUAUCUCAGCUGUUCAGGCAGCACUGCACAAGUACCAGCUGCACAUACACGAACUACAGGUGAAGUUACAAGCCAGCAAGGAGCAACUGUCGGUGGCAAAGGAGCAGACUGAGAACUGUGAGGAGACCACUCACUCUCUGGAGUCUAGAGUGGCAGAGUUGACCACUCAGCUGGACACUGCCAGGGCACAGGCCACUCAGCUGGCCACUGAGAGGGAGAUGCUCGUCAAGUCUCUGGACUCUGCUCGUGCGGAGAAGAACGCUUUUUGGGACAAGAACCGACUGGAAAUUAAUACAAUGCUAGAGACUCUGAGUGCUGACUAUGAGAAGGUUCAGAAGGCCAACAGUCGGCUUCAGAAGAUGGUGGACACUCUCGAGGAUGAGAAAGUUUACUUGCAAAACGAGGUCGAUCGACUGAACAAGGACGCAGAGAUGAGGGAGAUGUCUCUGAGGACAGAAGAGGACCGCUGUAGCAGACUCCGGGAGGAGUUGCUCACAGUCAGGGAGGACCUCAACAAGGCGUACCUGGCCAAGGACAUGCUGGAGCAGCAUAAGGCUGAGGCGGAGAUUCUGCUCGCUCAGGUGGAGAAGAGCAGAGGAGAUGUGGAAUUGGAACUGGAAAGAGUGCUGCUGGAAAGGUCUGAUGUCCACGAUUCACUGUCCAAGGCAGAAGGUCUCGCUGCUGCCCUUGAACAUGAUAAGAAACGACUGCUCGAAGACAUCAGACGGCUGGAGCAAGAAAAGGCAGCUCUGCAGAGUCAGGUGGUUGACCAGAACAACGACCUGGGCUCUCUGCGCAAGGAGCUGUUGCAAGCUGAGCAAGUCAGGCUAGACCUCGACUCUGACAAAGUCUCACUCCACGAAAAACUCAAGUUCCUGGAGAUUGAGAAAGAGAAAGUAGAGUUAGAGCUAGCACAAGUAUCCAGAGAAAGGGGAGACCUCAGCAACCAGCUGUCCAUCAUGGCGAGGAAGAAGGAAGCUCUGAACGAGGAACUGAUGAGGAUCCGCCAGAGACUCGAGCAGGCCAAUGAGACCAACUCACGAAUCAACAGAAACCUCGAGGACCUCGUGAAGGACUGUGAGGAAAAACAGGUGAUGCUGGAGGGCAACGACAAGGAGCUGCAGCGUCUCCAGGAGCAGUUGGCUUCACUGAGGAGUGAGAAGGAGGCGCUGGAGGGGGUUCUGUUCGACACCCAGACAAACCUUGAAGCCACAGAUAACAAACGGGCGUAUCUGGAGAAAGAACAGCAAGAUUUGCUCAUCAAACAGGAGGCACUCAAGGGACAAGUCUGUCGGCUGAACAAGGAGUUGGAGAACAGUGAGAAGAGAGCAAGAGAGAUGAAGGCAACUUUAACCCAACAAGCAGCAGUUAUGGAGGCUGACUACCAGCAGACCAUUGCCAACUUACGCAAGCACACAGAGGAUUGCGUUCGCAAGCUCACUGAUGAGAAGGAACAGGUGAGAAUAAGCCUGGAGAAGCGUCUGCAAGCUACUGUGCUCCAGCUGGGCUCCGAGAAGGACGGAGAGAUCCAGCAGCUCAACGAGAGGAUACUGGGGAUGGAGAAACACAUCGAGAACAUCUGUCAACAACACGAGGAGGCCCUGGUCCGUGCGGAGAACGACAAGCAACAAGCUCUGCUCAUCGCUCACCAUGACCAGCAAGCCCUGCUGGACAAGUUAUGUGGUCUGAAGCGAGAGUUAGAGGAGGAACGGUCUGCGGCGGAGAGACUGCGGCGAGACUCCACCGCCAAGACAGAACAGGACCGUGCCACCAUAAAUACACUGCGAGAUGAACUAGCUCGUAUCAGGGCUAGGACUGAAGAGGCCAGGGUGAAGGCAGAAGAAGAGAAGAUCAGGCUGGAGAACAAGAUAGAGGAGACGAGGAAGGAGAGAGACUCAGCCCUGCAGGAAUGUGAGGAGCUGAAGGUUCAGCUGCAUCUCUCGGAGGACAGGUUCGACCACCUCCAAGCUCAGCUGCAGGAAACUCAGAGACGACUCAAAGAAUCGGAGAACGGAGGUGAGUCGCUGCGCAAGGAGCUGAUUGAUGUGAGACGUCAGCUGGGUGACGCAACGUUUGAGAAAGAGAAGUACAACAGUAGUAACAAAGAGCUGCGGGAGACCAUCAAACGCAGCGAAGGGGAGAAACGAGAACAAGCUCGUACUCUAGAGGAAGCCUUCCAGAAGAUAUCAUCACUAGAAGACACGAGGACUUCACUAGAAGUGGAGAGGGCACGGCUGCAGACGCUGAACAGGGAGAUGGAGAAGCAGAUGUGCCAGGGAAGCCAGCAGAGCCAAGGGCUGCAGGAGGAGAUAAAUAGAAUAACCCUGAAUCUGAAUCAGGCCCAAGGGGAGGCCCGGGAACUACAGGCCAGGCUUCACACGGAGGUUGAGGAGAGAGAGAGGGCCCAGCAAGAGAGUCAUCAGCUGCGCAAGCAGGUGAUGGAGCUGGAUGCAGGACUGGAGGCUGCAAGACAGGAGGUGCUGCGGUUGAGGACAAGAGGGGAUGAGGAGGAGGAACGCUGGAGAGGAAGGGAACAGGAGCUAGUGGUGCGGCUGGAGGAUGGGAGAGCAAGAGAGCGCAAGCUGGAGGACCAGAGACACAACCUGGAGGUCUGCUUGGCCGAUGCUACUCAGCAGAUUCAAGAGCUAAAGGCAAGACUAGGAGGAGCGGAAGGGAGGGUACGGGCUCUGGACGGACAGUUGAUGCAGCUAGAGUCAGCAAAGAAGGAUGUUGAACAGAAGCUGAGUAGUGUUGGAUCCACUCUUCGCAGGAUAGCAGGGAUACAGCUGGACGGCAGCGUCAGUCUGCCCUACAAGCUGACCAGUCCUUCCCGGCGAUGGAGCCCAGUCCGCUGCAAGUCUCAGGCCCAAGACCACCACAGCGACAGUGCUAGAGGAGACGCUAUCCUCGACGUCGAUCCUGAGGUGGUCAGGAAGGGAGUCCGCAAUCUCAUGCAUCAAGUGGCGCAGAUUGAAAGGGAGAGAGAUGACCUGAAGACUCAGAUCCUGGGACUGAAGAAGCAGCUGCAGGAGGCGCAGGAUGUACAUGGAAAGAGUGAGAGCAAGCUGACUACAGCUCUGACCUCCUUGAGACAGCUACAGGAGGAGAAGAGCAAUCUGGAGGCCAAGUUGGGUCAGAAGCAUGCAACUCUGCAGGCACAGAGUGAAGCUCUCCAGCAGAAAACGGAAGAGAGUCAGCUGCUGCGGGAGAGAGUGACCAGCCUGGAGUUGAGCCUCAGUGGAGGCUCAGAGGAGAAGGCUCAGUGCGAGGAGAAGCUGGAGAAGAUGAGGCAGGCGGUGUCGAGGGCGGAGGCGGAGAGGAGAGGACUGCAGGAGGAGCUCAGUCGUAGCGAGGCAAGAGCCACCAAGCUGGAGUUGCAGAGGAUGAGUCUCGAGGGAGACCUGCAGAGGCUGCAGAUGGUGCUGCAAGAGAAGGAAGCUACAGUCAAGAAACUGAGUGAGAAGAGUGAGGUCCAGUCUCGCAGUCUGACAGCACUUGAGGAACGAUGUGCCUCGCUCAAGUCAACCAUUGAGCAACUCAACUUGUCCCUGGAGAGAGCGUCCACUACAGAGACAGAGUUGCGAGUUGAGAUACAGAGUCUCCAACGCACUCUUCUGGAUACCAGUCAAACCUCCCAGACAAGCACAGAAAAACUUAAACAGCUGCAGAAGUCACUGACCAACAGUGAAAAUGAGCGUAGAGUGAUGGCAGAACGACUGGACGCCACGCAGCAGGCGCUACAGGAGCUGCGCCGCGCACACCAGCAGCUGACGGACCAGCACGCCCGUACUAGCCAGGAGCUGAGCAACUGUGAGGUGCAGAGAUCAGGGUUGGAGUCUCAACUUCGACUGGCCAAUUGGCCGUCGGAAGCUGGGCCUGAUGAUGAGCUUCAGAGAUUACAGAAGGAACGCAGUGAAUUGAGGAUCAAAGUGGAGGCCAUGCAUGAUAAGAUGCGCCAUCUGGAGAACGAAAAGCGCAGUCUGGAACGGAAGCUGCAUUCAUCGCGCAGCAAGAGCUACGAGAGGCCGGAGAAGUCAUCGCACGAGACUCUGUGCAGUGGCCGAGACAACAACCAGCUGGAGCUGGAGAACAGAGAGCUGAGACACAAAGUGAGGCGGCUGGAGACUCUGCUGGAGGAGAAGGAGGCAGAGCUCGCCAGGCUUAAGGCUCACCACUCGGAACACCAUUCUUCCAGUUGUGAAUGUCAUUCCUAA